GUUUUUGAUUAGAAAAGCCUAUCCACAUUUUAAAUGCUUUAUUUUUAUUCAUGUAUACUAACAAUAUUCUUCCAUUACGUCUUUUAGCUUGUCAGACCUAUAAAUCCCAAACCUUUUAUGAAAUCUUUGGUCAACAAACAAGUUGUUGUACGUUUAAAAUGGAAUAAUACCGAAUACAAGGGCUUGUUGUUAGCUGUUGAUGGCUACAUGAAUUUAAAAAUUGACGAUGCUUAUGAAUAUAUAAACGGCGAAAAUAAAGGUAGAAUUGGUGAAAUUUUUAUUCGUUGCAAUAAUGUGCUAUUUAUUGGUGAAAAGCAGGAGGAUGAAGAAGAUGAAAUUGUCCAAAAUCAUUCUCAAAAGACAGAUGAAAUUGAAAUUGAUAUUAUCAAAGAAAAACCACAAGAGCAGAAAAAUAUUAAGCUAGAAUCAAGUUCAAUUAAGACUGAUGAAGUUGAAAAAAAUAUUAAUGACAAAAAGCUUGAGCAAAAAAGUGAGACGUCUUCUAAAGAAAAAAUUAUUGUAGUAAAAAAAGAAAAAGAAAAGGAUGAAGAAGAAGAAGAAGAAGAAGAAGAAGAAGAAGAAGAAGAAGAAGA